AUGGCGGUCGGGAAGCUGACGUUCACGAAGGCAGAGAGAGAGAAGCUCGCAGAGUUUCUCUGGCUGCUGAACUGGAUCUCGGUGCUGACCGGAGCUAUCCUCUUCGGACUCGGAUUGUUCCUUCGAGUAGAGAUCCAGAAACAGCAGGAAGUGAUGUCGGAGCAGGGCAUCCUGUAUGUGCCGCACAUGCUGAUCACCACGGGGCUGGUGGCGUGCGCCAUCAACUUCAUGGGCGGGAAAAUCUGUCUGGAUUGUACCGACACCAACAAGUUCCUGCGCUGGAAGAUGGUGAUGAUGCCGUACGUGGUGUGCACGUUGGUGUUCACGGCGUGCGUGCUGGCGGGCGCGGUGAUGUGUUACAGCAUCAGCAGCCAGCUGGAGGAGGCGCUGUUCCUGGGCCUGAGGGGCGCCAUGCGCUACUACAAGGACACGGACACGCCGGGCCGCUGCUACCUGAAGAAGACGCUGGACCUGCUGCAGAUCCAGUUCCAGUGUUGCGGGAACUCGGGGUACCGGGACUGGUUCCAGGUCCAGUGGGUCAGCAGCCGCUACCUGGACAUGAACAACAGCAGCGUGAGAGACCGACUGCGGAGUAACGUGGACAGGAAGUACCUGAUGGACGGAGUUCCCUUCAGCUGCUGCAGCACGGCAUCCCCGCGGCCGUGCAUCCAGCAGCGACUCAGCGAUCGCUCGGCACAUUUUAACUUUGACCGGCAGAGCCAGCAGCUGAACCUGUGGAGGAGGGGCUGCCGGCCGGCGCUGAUGGAGCACUACACCCAAAUCCUGCAGUCCAUCGGCCUCACAGUGCUGCUCAUUUGGCUCUUUGAGCUGCUGGUUCUGACGGGGGUCCGGUACCUGCAGACAGCGAUGGAGAACCUUCUAAGGCUGGGCGACCCAGACUCGGAGUCAGACGGCUGGAUUCUGGAGAACAGUCUGGCAGAAACAGCCCGCUCCAACUUCAACAUCAUCAAGAACCUCGGCAAGUGCUACCAGGGCGACGACGGAGACCCCAACAUCAACAUCCCGUCCGUCGCCACCGAGCGCGAGCUGCCGUCCCGGCGCGCACACAUCCCCGAGGCCAGCUAG